UAAUGUUAACCGAGUCAGAGGUCCCGAGCGCCAGAUCCCGCCCGGGAAGCGCCAGAGGGGUCGUCCUCGCUGUGCAGAGACCGGUUCGAGGCUUGGCGAGCGGCAACUGUUGGGGAUCGCGGCCUCCGAGCAGAGUCGGCUGAGGACCCUGGGGACCUCGCAGGGUUGUGAACAAAAGAGGAACAACUGCCUGAAGUUUUCCCAAAGCUGCUCAGAGGAGACUGGAAGGGAGAGCAGCGCCGUUGGGGACAGGAGAUUCCUGCACCUGCAGAAUCGCUCAGAGUACUGGCCUGUGGAGCUCAUUUGAGGGCUUCACACUCUUAAUGGUCUCUGAGAUAGUGCUGUCCUGGGACUGUUGUAUAACUCUUCCAGCCCUUGGACCUGGGACUUGGAACAGACACCAAGCUCAGAAUCCUAAGUCCAGCAUGAACAGUAUGGUGUGAGGGAGCUGGUAGAAAGACUAAGGAGGAGGCUGCUGUGAUCUUCUGGGAGAUCGAACCCAUAACCUUGGCGUAUUGCCAGCAGAGCAGCCCGGCCAGUGUGUCUCCUGGAUUUCUAAUUUGAAGGUUGAAUAGACAGAGGAUAUGAACUUUGAGGACGUGACCAUUGUCUUCUCCCAGGAGGAGUGGGGGCUCCUUGAUGAGGAUCAGAGACUUCUGUACUGCGAUGUGAUGCUGGAAAUCUUUGCACUUGUAGCGUCCGUGGGUUGUUGCCAUAAAUUGGAACACGAGGAGGCCCCUUCUGAGCUGAGUGUAUCUGUAGAAGGAGAGUCACAGGUCAGGGCUUCUAAGACAGCUCCAGCAACCCAGAAGACCCAUCCCUGUGAGCAGUGUGUCUCAGUCUUGAAAGCUACUUUGCUCUUGACUGAGUUACAAGCAGCAAACAUUGAGCAGAAAGCAUUCUUCAGAGACGUAUGUGUGAGAGGCUGCUGUUUCAGUGCAAACAUUCACCAGCAACAGGGAGAUGUCAGUGGAGAGAAGCCCUGGGAAGGAGAUAUGGACAGGGCCUCGUCUCUGACUGGGAGCAGCUUCUUCGUAUCAGGGGCAUCUUUCACCUGUAUGGAGGUUGGGAAGGGCUUCCCAGGCAUUUCAGUCCAUUUCCAGCAGGAGACCUUGUCUAACAGUGUAGAGCCACACAGGGGCACUGAGAGGGGGCAGGCCAUUCACAGUGGGAAAAGUCAUCAUGAGUGGGGUGAAUGUGAAAAAGCUGCCCGUCACAACCAGAAACAUGCUCAGUGUCAUGCUGUCUACACUAAAGAACGGCUUUAUGAGUGUAGCAAAUGUGGGAAGGCCUUUAGACAAAUCUUUAACCUCAUUGGACAUAUGGGAGUUCACAGUGGAGAAAAGCCAUGUGAGUACAGUGUUCGUAGAAAAUGCUUUACUUACAAAUCUGUCCUCAUUCAAUAUCUGAGAGUUGACACUGGAGAAAAGCCUUAUGAGUGUAGUGAUUGUGGAAAGUCCUUCAGACAUAGCUCCAAGCUCACUGAACACCACAGAGGUCACACUGGUGAAAAGCCAUAUCAGUGUAGUAAAUGUGGGAAAUCUUUUAGACGCAAAGAUCACCUCCUUAAACACGAGAGAGUUCACACUGGAGAAAAGCCUUAUAAGUGCAGUGAAUGUGGGAAAACCUUUAGACAAAAGUAUAACCUCCUUCAACACCAGAGAGUUCACACUGGAGAAAAGCCAUAUGAGUGUCGUGAUUGUGGGAAGUCCUUCAGCCAAAACUCUAGCCUCACUGAACACCAGAGAUGUCACACUGGAGAAAAGCCGUAUGAGUGCAGUAUUUGUGGGAAAUGCUUUAGACAGCGUAGCAGUCUUAGUCAACACCGUCGAGUUCAUUCUGCAAAAAAUCCUUUUGAGUGUGGUGAAUGUGGGAAAUCUUAUAGUGAUACUUCUGGCCUCAUUCGUCACCAGAGAGUUCAUACUGGAGAAAUGCCAUAUGAAUGUAGUGACUGUGGGAAAUGCUUUAGCUAUAAAUAUAGACUCAUUCAACACCAGAGAAUUCACACUGGAGAGAAGCCUUAUGAAUGUAGUUAUUGUGGAAAGUCCUUCAGACAAAGCUCUCAGCUCAUUAAACACCACAAAGGUCACACUGGUGAAAGGCCUUAUGAGUGUAGUAAGUGUGCGAAAUCUUUUAGACGCAAAGAACACCUCCUUAAACACGAGAGGGUUCACACUGGAGAAAAGCCUUAUGAGUGUAGCGAUUGUGGGAAGUCCUUUAUCACAAACUCUGUCCUCAUUGAACACCAGAGAUGUCACACUGGAGAAAAGCCCUAUGAGUGCACAGAGUGUGGUAAGUUUUUUACACGGAGCUCUACCCUUUUCCGACACCACAGACUUCACACUGGAGAAAUGCCUUAUCAGUGUAGUGAUUGUGGGAAAUUUUUUAGACAAAGUUCCAACCUUAUUCAACACCGGCGAGUUCAUUCUGGAGAAAAGCAUUUUGAAUGUAGCAAAUGUGGAAAAUCCUUUAGCCAUGCUUCUGGCCUUGUUAAACAACAGACAGUUCAUGCCCUGGAAAGACCUGAGUGUAGUGAAUGUAGGAAAUCUUUUAGCCUCAAAUCUAACCUCCUUAGACACUGAAGUGUUCACACUGGAGAAAAGCCUUAAAUGUGCUGGGAAUGUUUUAUUUCCUCACUUAAUAUAACAACACUGGAGGAGACUAUGAGAGCCGUAAUUUAAAUUUCUUUUAGUGGAACAUACACUGUGCAAGAUUCCUCAUAACUUUCAGGUACAUGCGAGGCUAUAAGGAGCUGCAUUGCAUUUGCUAACCUGCCCAGGGCUAUUACUAGACCGAUGUCACAUUUUGUGGCUGGGGCCAUUUUACAUCUACCACCUGGCUCUGCUGCACAGUUACAACCCCUAGAUGCUCAGGGAGGCUGACCUCUGAGUUCUCCCUUUUGCUUGAGGAAAGUAUGAAUACUCUGACCACUUGGCAGGAUCUUCAUUCCUUCCUUUCUAACUAGGGAACAACCAGAGCCAGUGAUGGUCCAGAGGACCCAACCUAAGCAAACAAGGACAACCUCAUUCAGGGACAUUGUGUUGUUUUCACAUUAUGCUGUGAUGACUUUUUACAGCUUCUAAUUCACCAACCUGGAAACUGCUUGCUGUACAUUGCUCUGGUUUAUGACUUUUGGUUGUUGUUGUUAAUCCUCACCGAGGAUAUUUUUCCAUUGAUUUUUAGAGAAAGUGGAAAGGA